AUGCACGUGCCCAAAGGCCAGUCUUCAUUGGCAUCCCCUGCAUCUCAAGAUUCUCCUGGUCAGCAUUUAAAGAUCAUAAGCUCAUCUAAUCUGCUUGCCAGCCAUCCAUCCUUACCGCACCUUGUCCAUCAUCUGUCUCUUAUACAAAUUAAGCCCGAGUUUAUUCUCGUCAACUUUUGGUUCAUAACCUCAGCUAUAUUCUCUCCACCCACAUUCGCUGCUGCCACAGUUGGUAAUCCUGGGAGAACUAGCGUUAAAGUAAAUUAUAUUACAGGAUUGAAUUAUUUUAGUGGGCUAAAAGCUCAUAACAAUGUGGUCUCGGUAGGGCAACCAGUAUGCACCGAGCAAUCUUUUGCAAAGGUUGUGAGCUCACUGAAAGCUCCAUCAAAGGGGAAAGGUAGGGGAGGUGGUGCCCUCUCUUCAACCUGCAAUGCAGUUGGUGAGAUAUUUAGGAUUGCAGCAAUCAUGAAUGGCCUUGUUCUCAUUGGAGUUGCUGUGGGAUUUGUUCUUCUUCGAAUUGAAGCAUCUUUGGAAGAGGCCGUGUGA